AUGCGACUGACUCUGGAGCCCAAGCGUCAAGGCCAGUGUCGCGAGAUAUGGCCGCCAGUAUUCUCAAGGUCCUUGAAAUUGACGCCAGAGCUCAUUUCCAUCAAACACCUGUUCUGGCUCUGUUGGACUGGUUCCAGGUCCAAAGAGUGGACGCCUGAGACCUCAAGGUGGCUUAAUCAUCCGCCCGGUAACGAUUGGGUCAGGUAUGGUAGCUUUCUCGCUAGAUUCUCCUCCAUAUUGAUGCACAAGAUCUUUGAUUCGAAAUGGACCGUUGCACAGCAAUGCUGCACCUUCGAAGUACCACUAGCAAUGGCGCGAAUCGCACAAUAUUUUGAGCUCACUGUCCAGCCACUGCCACAAGAGAACAAUGCCGGUAACGGUGAUGAACAGAUCCUGCCACACCCAGCGCAGCCUCGGCACGCAAAGGGCCGCCUUCAAGCUCUGCGCCGCGCCGGGGCCAGGGCGUCACAGCGAUAUUCCGACCAGGCCUUUCGAUAUACAAAGGCCUGUUUCGCCAUGAUCUUUCAGGGCAACAAAUUCUCUAAAAAUUGUCUGAUUAUCCUCUCCAUGGGUCAUCUUCGAAUCGGUUGGGUCGGUAUUGAGAGCGAAGGUGCUGCAGCAGAUGGAGGGUCUAGAGAUUAG